ACAGGGGCCGAGCUAGCAAUGAUCUCAGGUCCAUUGACCAUUCUGGCCUUGAUGGUCUCGUUACUGGCCAGCACGGAAAGUUUCACCAGCGCAUCGCCGUGGCCAUCCAAACCCGUGCAAACCUAUCCAUUGCUAGUCCCAGUCAGGCCUAGAGCGACUCUCUUGCAAGCGGCAGCCCCUGAAAAGACGUUGGAUGUUGCGCCGCCGCUGCAGUAUCGGCUUCUCGAGCCCCAUCACCAGCACCAACUGCAUCACCACCACGGCGCUGCUAGGCUAGACCCGGGGGCCGCUCCCAUCUCGCCAGCGCAGACCGCAGCGCGCGCCACCACCACCGCCGUCGCUGCUGGUGCGCAGUGUGCGACGCCGGCGCUAGUCCGCAGAACUGCCGUCCCAGCCGACCACCUCCACCUUGCCGUCUCGGCUCCGGCUGUCCUGCAAGAUGGCCUGGCUUAGCGGAGGGGCCACAAAUAAGGUCCUCGUGGAGAACCUGUGGAGGAACAAGCUCAUCACGACCGAGGCGGUAAAGGAAGCUUUCUUAAAGGUCGACCGUGGACACUACUCUCGGCAGAUGCCGUACGAGGACUCGCCGCAGCCCAUUGGGCACGGCGCCACCAUCUCGGCGCCACACAUGCACGCCAUGGCGAUCGAGAGCCUGCUUGAGUACAUACAGCCACGGCCUGGUAACCCGGCGCCCCGCGUGCUGGACAUUGGGUCCGGGUCCGGCUACCUGACGCACGUGAUUUCGGAGCUGGUCGGUCCCAAGGGCACCGUGGUGGGCGUCGAGCAUAUACCGGCGCUGCGGGACCUGGCCGAGCAGAAUACGGGCAAGUCGGAUGAGGGCAAGGGGCUGUUAGCAUCGGGACGUCUCAAGUUUCGCGUCGGCGACGGCCGCAAGGGCUGGGUCGAGCCGGACGAGGAUCUGCGCCAGGAGGAGAUGGAGACGGUCGGCGGUAGGGGCAAGGGGUGGGAUGCUAUACAUGUCGGGGCGAGCGCCGUCGAGUUGCACGAGGAGCUGAUCAAUCAGCUCCGGGCGCCCGGGAGGAUGUUUAUCCCGGUUGACGACUCGCCCGGCUCCGAGAGGCAGCACAUAUGGGCGGUGGACAAGGACGAGCAGGGCAACGUAAAGCGGCAGAGGCUGAUUGCGGUGCGAUAUGUACCCCUCAGGGAUGCGCCGGGUCAAUGAUCUUUUGUCAUGAUUCCUUGAUAGAGUAGCUUUCUGGGAGGCACUGCAGUUGACUCAACUGGACUUGUUCAUUACUAACAGAGUUGGGAUGUUUUUACUCCUGAUAAUCAUCUCAUCGCUACGGGGAUUUGUCCCGUCUGUAUCGGGUUUCUUUUCCGUAUCGCACAGCCAUCCCCAGAACAUGAAUGAGAAAACACCAAACUCAGUACUUGCAGCACACAAAGUUGUUGCCACCAGGGCAGACAGGGUCUUUUAGAGAGAAGUUGAGGGAUCCUCGUCAGCCCUGAACUGAUAAAUACAGUGACGCUGUUACGCAGGGAAAGCAAAGAGUUGCGGCGGGGGGGUGAAAAGAGAUAAAGAGGGACAGAGACAAAUGACCACCAAAGAAGGCACAUACCAGGCAACACAGUCCCGAAGCUCGAGCUCGCGCAAAAGUCCUUCCACUGGCAGACGGUCGAGCUGCCCUUGCAGUUGUUGACGAAGCAGCCCCAGAUGUCGUUGCCGUCCGAGGGACACGGCCAGUUGCCGGCACUGCCCUCCUCCGCCCGGCCUCCGUACGUGUUUCGGCAGGUAUUCUUGUUCAAGCAGAUGCAGUUGGCCCCGUAGUUGCUGGCGCAGCGGCCUCCGACGGCGGCGAGCACGGGCGCGACGGCGCAGGCGAGGGUGGUGGUGAGGGCGGCUGGCUUCAUUUUUGGGAGGGGGCAGGGGCAGGGGCAGGGGAAUUACAGAUGAGGAAAGGUGUGGCUGGCCCUGAGUGCUGGGGGCUGGCUCUGGGAGAGGGAAAAGAGGCCAAGUAGACGGAUGGAGAGACUUGAUGAUGCCCUUUUUAUAGACGGCUAACAUGGAGAGCCCCUUCUUGGAUGUCUCCUGCUCGUCUUGAUGGCUCGCUCGCGCUGU